UUGCUAGGCAACAAAACUCAAACAAGUGCACCACUCAGCGUCCAGCAGCAGAAUAGAGAGCAGCAAGCUAACAUGGAAGUAUAUUAAAAGUUAACACCUUUAAAGCGGUUGACUGUUAGAGAAAGGCACUAAGCUACAGUGGUUGCCUCCUCCGUGUUGAUUCAAGAUGAAUAUGACGGAAAGAAAUACUUGUUACGUCCUGAAACACGCAGAAAGAUGUCCAAACUUACCGAGGGCUGGAAAACUGAAACCCAAAGGAGACAGAGCAGAUGCCUGCUUACAAGAGAUACCAAGGCCCCCUACACCACCUGUGGUAAGGAAAUUUCGCAACAGCACCCAACCAGAACCAGGAGCUACCAGAGUGCAUCAAGGAAAGGCAAAUGACCCGGAUGUUGCCAGCACCCUUGUCCAUGGCAUCAGCACCAAAUCCUCCCUCACUGGCAAAAGUUUGCUAAAUCCUCCCCAGAAGACCUUGUUCCAACAGAAGUUGGAUGAGCUCAGUGAAGCGGGCUACAUCUCCUCUAAAAGAGCCCCACUAGGGAGGUCUCAUUCUCAGCAUUCAGGUCUUCCAAGCUGGUUUGAUGACAAAACUUCAUUUGGUGUGAAAACAGAAAAAGGGUUAAAUGUGCGAGAGAUUAUUCACUCUUCAAAAACAACUGAGGAGGUAGAGAAGGAGGCGCAGGAGAACCAUGAGUCCUACAUUCGCAGCCACAACGCCUAUUUUGUUGGUGAGAGGAUUGACAGGAAGUAUGACUGGAGUCACUACAGCAAAGACAGCAAGUUUGGGAUCCUCACACCUCAUUUCAACGACGGACGAGAGAUGUGUAAAAGUCUCCGCUGGCUGGGAGAGUCACAGAGGUUUUGCAAUCCAGAGAUUGUUUGGAAGAGAUCUGGAAACAGGGAAAAGCUGAUUGAACAAAUUGGAGGAAUAAACAAUAAGGGAGGAAAAACCUUGAAAGAAACACCAGAUCAAACCUUUGGGGAUCUCAUGCCUGCGGAUGAAUUUGGUGUUGGAGAAAUUAUCCACUCCACAGAGCCGGGUCAGUUCACGAGAAGCCGGGACCGGGACAGACAGCACAGCUUAGUCAACGCAGUGCGAUACCAGCUCAAGACAGUCAACUUCCAAAACUUCACUUCUCUUCAAGAGGCAUUCAGACAUUAUGACAAGAAAGGCAAAGGAACAAUCAACAAAGAGGACCUGCAGGCAGUGUGCAGUCAGUUCAAGCUUGGUGUGAGUGGGCCAGUUCUGGAUGACCUGAUGGACUACUGUGACCUAGACAAGGAUGGGCUACUUAACUUCCUGGAGUUUGCUAACUUCCUCAACUGGAAGGAUAAGAUGCCCAUCAAGAGUCGUGAGCACCGCAGUAAAACAAAUGACCGUCAGACCAGCUCGGCUCCAGCCAGCACUGAUAGGAAGCCUCUGUCAGACCCUGCACAGCCUUCUACGUCUGAGACCUUAAUUAGACCUGCAGACCUGGAGCCUGUUUGGCCAGGCCGCUCACUGCAGACCCUCAGGACCCUGAGACGACCCAGGGCAGUCCCAGACCUCUUCAAGACCUCCUCCUCUGUGAUCGGGGCUGCGAGUGAUGGCCGGCUGGCAUCAAGCGGCCGCACCUCAGGGAUCCCAUCUGUGCGCUCAGACCUACCUGCUCGACGCAUCAAGAGAGUCGGUGACAACACCAACUAUGGUGACACAACGACCGCAGGAGAUCUCCUGCAUCCAUCAGUUCAUGCUGCUCAGGGUGUUUAUGAGGAACACCUCUUCUGCCCCCGCACCAAAAAGGAGGUCUCAGAGAUCUUCAAGAAUGUGGGUGUGAACAUUUCUGAAGAGACAUUCGAGGAGGCCUGGAAGCUGGCAUCCAUGAAGCAUCCGUCCGGGGAGGUUUGUGUUGAGGGUUUCCGAAACGUACUCAAGGAAAUAAAAGAAUUGUAACAACCAG